AUGUCCCAAGAAAGUAGCGUUUUAUCCGAAUCACAGGAACAACUUGGUAAUAACCCUAAAAUAGAGGACACGAGCUCAGCCUCUGCCAAUCCCAGAGAUAAUAGCAAACCCGUACUUCCGUGGGAUUACAAAGAUAAAGCGAUAGAGAUCAAGAGCUUCAGUGGCUAUAAGGUCAAUUUUACUGGCUGGAUAAGAAGAGAUGUGAGGGAAAAACGUCAAAAUCAAGCUGUAGAUACUACAUCCGACAUUAAAGAAUCAGAUGACAAAUCCACGGGGAAAAAAGAACCAGCGGAUGAGGACCCUGAAGGGAAAGAAUUUGAAGAAGAGAGAGAAGACAGAUUGGAAUCGUGA